GGUUGGAUCAGUUCAACCAGACAAGUUGUUGAGGAAACUUGAUUCAUGUUUGUGUGCCACUUUCUCAAGCACAAUGAUCCGUGUGUGCUUAGUGGUCAAUGUCAGUCUAAACCCAGAGUGUGUCAUAGCCAGUGUCAGGGCUCACAGCGUGAUCCCAGGGCUUAGAAGAGCCACUGACCCGCCGCCUGCGCCCCCGGUCUGUCUCAGGUCAAAGGCCAGCCAUCCCUAUCGAUCCCCCCACCCCGCACAAAUGAAGAGCUCUUUAGCCCCUCCGCCUGUAUCAACAUGGCGUUCUCCCAAAGGCACCUCAAUUGUGUUCCGCGUGCCGAUUGAUCCAGUUGGUGUCCGAGGGGGCCUUCCAUUCAGAUAACUGACAACGACAAAGGUCCCCUCUUGACAGGCCUCGUCAAUACAAAUUUCCACUAUUGAUAACUCAUUAAAAAAAAAAAGCCGGGACAUAAGGGUGCUUUCUUAAACAUCUGUUAAACACUAAGAGACAUUAACAAAAAAAAAACAAAAACCGGCAGAACAAAAAAAAGACUUAAGAAAGGAGGGACGUAUAACUCCCACCAUCACACUCAUUUACAUCCAUCGUGCUACGUAACGUGUAUUGAAGGCUACAACAAAACUCAAAAUAUAUUCAAAUAAUUGGAAAUGACAAUAAAAAUGAGCUAUUACCACACUUCCCCACUCACUACAUGCCUCAAUUGUUAAACAAUUCCAAAUGCAUAUAAAUGACCAAAGAAAGGGAUUCAUGAAGAUUUAAGGUUACUUUUACCUUUUAUUGACGACGUAAUUCUUGAUGUGAGUGUUCCCAAAGACAACGUGGCAGCGAGACACCACCACCUUCCUGUUUUGCCGUGAGUAAUUUCUUGAAUUAAUUAGCGUUUCUCACCUCAAUAACCCGAAAUGGAGGCAAAGAAAGUUUCCAGUGCCAGCAUUUUUUAUUUAAAAAAAGGUGGAAAAAAACAAUUAAAUUGAAUUAAAAAAAAGAAAUAAAAAAUAAUGGCAAAACAGGAAGGCGGUGUCAGUGUGUCUCGCUGCCACAUCGUGUCUUUAGGAACACUCACAUCAAGAAGCACGUCAAGUUGAAAGUAACCUUAAAUGUUCAUUCAUCCCUUUUAUUUGAUAUUUAUAUUCAUUUAAAAGAUUAGUUUUAUGCAUGUAAAACUAUAAAAGCAUGUUUUCUGUUGUUGUUGUUGGUUUUUUGACAUCAUAGACCGGCUGCAUAACUGACUUCCGGUUCCAGUAGCCAUUUUGUAACUUGGCAAGGACGUUUUGUGGAAAAAAAAAAAACCAUUAAGAACACAGUUGGCCUCUCGCAGUGUAUUAAUAACAGAAGACGCCCGCCAUAUUGUACGGUGACCAGAAAACAUACGUACUGAGGCCAAAUUAUGGCGUACAUUUUCAAUGUUAACUGAAAAACGCGCUAACCAAGGUUAUUCCACGUUUUUUUUUAAAUGUAAUCCACAAUGGGCCUUGAAUCAUUUUGAGAAGAGCAACUGUAUAUUAUGAGAAUACCUUAAAGUUGUUAGUUUAAUUGUUGCGUCUUUGCACUGCAACUGUUGACCGCAUCAUGGUCCUAAAGCCAGCUUGAUGUUGCAGGCAAUUAACGUAACUUAAUGUAGGUAAUUUUACAGUGAACGGGACUCAUAAUGGCAGAAUUUAAACCUUCAUGCCAUCAAGAAGGAUCAUAUGUCAUGACUGGCUCCUCCUAUUGUUAUAUAAGUAUUUUCCUUAACAGUCUUCACCUGCUCAGUGUCUUUUAUGCGCCGUAAUCCAUGCAUGUGUAAGCGGAUCCCUUAAGAGGGGGAUCACUGCUUUUGAGCGGUUUUACUCCCAACAGGGGAGGGGGGGCAGAAAUCCACUAUACUCAUUUUCUCAUCCUUCAGUCUUCAAUGCAAGCAUACAUACAGGUGAUUAAAAGUGUUAGACCGGGGAAAUACAAAUCAGCUUUCAUACAUGCUAUUCCCCGCCUAUCCCUGGUUUGUUAUUCACAGCCUCACAUAUUCGUGUCUAUGCUUUAAAUUGUAAAUAAGGAAAUGCUUUGAUGGCGCUACCUGCAGGGCGGGAAAGAUGGCUGCAGACUUGAUGGUGUAACUGCAUGUUUUGUAAGUACGUUACUGUAUACUGAAGUUUGAAGUAUAUGCUGAUAGAGUUUGGAGCAGGUGUGUCCAAAGUCUCGCCCGGGGACCAUUUUAUUGGCCUGCUGCAUAUCCCAACAAUACGUUUAAACAUGGCCCGCAUCAGGACCUUAAAAAGGAUUUGAAAUUAGGACCUAAAUAAAAAUAUUUUAAGAUUUAUGAGGGGAAAAAAAUGUACAUGUAAAAACGUACUAUUUACGACCCUCUAAAUGCGUUUUUUAACAUUAGAGCCCUCUACACAACAGCCCUAUAGUGACCUUUACACUGGGAUUACCCAAUAUAGUAGACUGUAAGACAAAUAAGACUCAUGAUUGUGUGUUGCUGUAAAUAUGUUCCCCGGGGGAGCUGAGUGGCGAGCAGACAAAGUGACGUCGGGGGUUCAUUGUUAUUAAGAGUGUUGUGCCUGUUGUGAGAGAAUUCACACCUGCAAUGAAAGUCUGUUUCGGAGCUCAAGUGUGGCGAUUGUGUGUCUCACUGGACAUUACGACACCUAGUGACCAGUGUAGAGUACUACGUAUCAUUCACAGUGUCUUUGAAUGCGUCUUUGAAUAAUGCCUAAUAUUUGUAUUUUACUUCAGUUAUUUUUAUGCUUGACAAUGCUUAAUUUAGGCAAAAAAUGCAUCAAAUUUCCUUUAAAUAUGCGUUUUUUAAAACUAAUAGGGCGUAUUCAACCACGAAACAGCAUGAUUGAUUAACAUAUUUUUGAAAGCCGUGAUAUUGGAGUGAAGCAGCGAAAUUUGAUGCGCGAUGUGGCGAAGGACAACUGUAAAUGUUAUCAUCAAAAGCUAUCAUACUAAUAAUACAAAUGACAAAAAGCUCAGAUGUAGGCUAGUUCUUCAAUUGUAUUCAAAAGUUGAGCAUGUGUUGCACUACUUUGGAUUGACUUUUGUGUGUUUAAUAGAAAGCGGACCCUCACGUUCCCAUUUUUCUGUAUGCGGCCUUCAAAGGAAAACAUUGAAAAGUUGUAUCAAAUAGUAUCAAUAAUAGGCAUUUUUAGUUUUUGUCACGGUUUUUGGAAUGUAAGCACUGUUUGUGUCCUUGGAAACGUGACUUUGGACUCCAUUAAUUAGCCCUGCGUGGGGUACUUUGCUUCUACUUUCACGUUCAUUCUGGGCACACUUGCUGGUGUGAGAACUUAAACAGCCUGAGAGCCAUCUUGAUGGCAUUGGAGGCCAAGUCGGCCAGGACCUUCAUGGCCUUCCAAAAGGGAAAGGAUCCUGGAGGGAAGGGGGUGCAAGUAGCAAAGAGUGAGUCAGCGGUGAUGGUGGCUCUUGGAUGGGGAGGGUCACACACAAGCCCACUCUUUGUGUGCCUUUAAUCCCCCCAGCCAACACAGCUUUGGCCAGGUUUCAUCAUGAAAGUGCCAUGAAAUAACUACUUUUUUUCUCUCCUCGCACUAAAUCUCCCCUAAUCCCGCAGGCUGCCGAGACAAAGGCCUUUGGGACCUAAUCCUGGAGCUUUUAGUGGGGCUGAGGGGCUGGCCGACCGAGUCUCUUCUAAAUGACUUAUUUCUAUCGGACACUAAUAUAGCUUGACAGCCACGAACUGCCAAAGGAGCAAGGAAAAAGGCCAAGGGGAGAUUAAAAAAAAGUUCACAAACAUUUUCACAUAUUUUGAAAGUCUGAGCUGUUGCUUAUGUGACAUAUUAGUCUACACGAGGUGCGGCCAAGCUGUGGCCCCGGGGCCCAUUUGCGUCCCACAGCUUGUUUUUUGUUUAAUUGGCCCUCGGCAUAUUCUAAAAACAAUGUAUUCAUUGUUAAUAAUAUAUCUUAUAUAUCUUACACUCAUUUGCUUUGUCACCCAAAACACAAAUGUCAAAUGUGAGGUCUUGGAUUGGUUUUAGCAUCUUUUUCUGUAUGUUCUGUAUCAACCCAUGUCUUGGCUGUGGGAGCCACUAUACCCCUUAACUCAAUCAAUCCUAGCCAUUUUUCAAAAGACAACCCCUUCAGUACCGGCCAUUUUAGACUGUUUUGACUGAUCUUUCAAGGCACACAUAAUAUUAUAUGAACAUAUAAACAUGGAACCUACCUACCUACCUGAGAAAGAUUAGACUAAAAAUGGUUUCUACCUUUUUUCCGUUCUUUAGUAGCAGCAGUAGGUUUCACGAAAAUAUCAGUUCCCGACUAGAAAAGGGAGAAGCUUUUUGUGAAAACAUUUCAAGCAUAACUUUCACUUUGACACAAAUAUUUUUUGCUUUUGUGACAGCUCAAAUAGCUGAACAACUAUACCACAACAUAAACAACACAAAAAGGGGUUGUUUUACAUCAAAAUAAUUUAUUUACAAAUAUAACACCAGGAGCCAUUUGCAGUUUUCAACUGAACUAUGUGUGUGCACGUGUGUGUGCGUGUGCAUGCGUUAAAAUUUCCCUCCAAUGCGUAACCUUCUGCAUGCUACAAUCCUCCACGCUCUCUCACUUCCUCCUUCCUGUCAUGUGUGAUUUUUUCCCAUCUACAUAUGCUUUGUUGUUAUUGGUGUAUGAGGCGAGCCGGGUUUUGGGGACUGGACCCCUUGCGAGGGCUCGCGGGUUGCUGCCUGGACAGCAGCGAGGUGUACGGGCAUGUUCAGUGGACAAAAUGCGUGCCUGUUGGUCGCUCUCUGGGAGGUGAGGGCACUGAUAUGAUGAUCAUUUUUUUUCAAAAAUGUUCUUGCGAUCGAUCGGCAAAGUCCCAAAGAUCGACUAGUAGCUCACGAUCGAUGGGUUUGCGACCCCUGAUCUACAUGAUCCCUGCCGAGCUCUUAUCAAAUGCACUUCUGCCACCUUGUGGCCGUUUUUAUAGCUUAAAAUUGCUUUGAAGUGAAAUGCAUUAGUGGAGAGUUGCAUCAUCACCUCUUUUUCCCUCUCGCGCAAAAAAACCUAAAAUACGUGUAAAUACGUUGUUGGGAUUGGGCGUUAGGGACUAUAAAAACAUAUAAAUACGUCUUUGGGAUUGAAUGAGUUCAUGACAAGUGACGAACCCAAACUGCUGACAUUUUUUUCCAACUGAAAUUUCUCAAAAAGACAGAAACAAAUCAUAACAAUUCAUUGAAAAUCCCACAUACGCACUUGCGAUUAGCAUUGGCAAUUUUACAUGGCGAUUUUUAACACAUCCAAAUCUGACAAAUAGUAACUAAGGUACACUUAAACAGCUGAUAUAUAAAAAGCAUAAAAUAAUGACAGUCUCACACACACCACCAUCUUAAUGGCAGUAGACUACUAAACAAACGGUGGUCUUCUUCUAUGACAGUGGGUUUUAAAUAGCACUACACAGCAUUGUCGCCACCUAUAGGAGUAUCAACAGAUGACCCUGGUGCAUAAAAAAAAUCCCCUCCGAAUAAAACCCCACAAUUAAGGGCCGCAAUUAAGGUUUUUUAACGUUAAAUAUACAUCAAAUGUUGCUUUCUAGUUUAUAUUUGAUGCAGGCAUUUACAUUUGACACCUUCUUUAACACUAAAAUGUAUUGGAGAUGUGGAAGUUCCACAUACAUUAUAUUUUAUUACAAUAAAGGUCUGAGGAUAUGGAAAGAUUUCAACCUAUUAAAAGUCAACUAAAAACCUCAUGGCCCAUCUACCUGUUUGGCAUCAUUGUUUACUUUUCAUUUUCUUCAUGAUGUCGAUGUUUCCUCACCUAUUACUCUCUCUACAACCCUUUUAUGGUACUGGUGCAGCAGUUAAGCAGAAAAAAACUUUUUAACGUGACUACGUGUAUAAAAGUAAUAGUUUUGAUCUAUCUACAGCCCAUAAUGUAAACGUUUAGCUUUUUCUGUAUGCAAUGCUGCUGCCUUGUUGCGCACAUCUUCGUAUAUAGUAUGCACUGUGCUGUAUUGGAUUUAUUUUGCCAUGGAUACUACUGCUACUCAUUUGUUGGUGUAAAUAUGUACGUAGAUAUUUGUGGUUUGAUGAUAUGAAGUCUUCCGAUGGUUUGUACAAUGGCAGUAAUGGGAUUCAGAGAGUGUGAUUUACUUGCUCAUAUUUUUAGUGCUACUUUUAGGUAAUAUGUUCAACCUACAAUAGUGAGCAUAUUGUUUAGUAAAUAGCUGUCUGGUGUCAAUCGAAAGUCAGCAUUGUUAUGUUUGUAAAGUUCGUUAUAUUUCACCUAUUUCCCAAAAUGAGAUUCCCCCCCCCCCUUUGCACCCUGUGGCCCUUUUUGAGAUGUCUGGGUAAAAAGUGCAUUGCAAAUACAAUGGAUUGUUAUUACCUCCACCAAGGAGGUUAUGUUUUUGCCGGCGUUUAUCUGUUUGGGGGGGUGGUUUCCAACAGGUUCUACAAAAUCUCAAAGACUGAUCCAGAUAAUGGAAUAAUUCCGGAUACUAUGAUCCAUUAUAUGAAAAAAUAGGGGAUCUUUGGAAUUUUCAUCAUAGGAAGACAACAAAUGAAGCUAUAAACAUGCAACAAAUCCCGUGAUCCCGUAGCCUGCGCAUUCUGUGUUCUGAUUAAUAUCACUUGAUCAAGCUUUUUCCAACAUUCCACACUACAAAAUAACGACAGUAUGUAAGAUCUGUAUCGAUAUCUGCUUGUUAUCUGUAUCGCGCCGAUAUUCAAGGCUGCAAUAUCCGUAUCAGAUUGCAAGUGGAAAAAGUUGCAUCGGGACACCCCUAGUUUUUACUGAAUAAGACACCCAGAAUCUACAUGAAUAAAGGAUGUGAAAUUCACAAAAUAAGCUAUUAAACACGUAUGCAAACAAGUAUGUUUUGCAAUCAUGCAAAAAAACACAGCAAACAAAAAAACCCACGAUGAAACACAAGAACAAAUGAUAAAAUAUCAGUUUUUGCAGAACUUUGUAGCAGACAGCUUGCUUCUUUCUCUGUCCCUCUCCGUCACACAGGCUCACACUGCUCUGUAAACAAACCCCCACCCCACACGGUCCCUACGAUUACCGUAUUGACACGUAUCACUGGAAAGUGCAGUGUCUCGCUUCACAAAGCACUGGAAUUAUUUCAAAGGUUCCAAGAUUUAUGGUAAUUUUAAAAUAGCACUGCAAAUUCUAUCGCCAAUUACAGCUGUGAUCUUAAAGGUGUGGCAGGCCGGAUUAAAAAACCAGGCCACAGUUUGCCAUAUCUGAUGUAGACGCUUUUUGAGUGUCGCAUAAAGAUCAGCUUGAAAUAUUCUGAAACGUGAAUGUCCGAAGUACAAAUACAAACAUUUGCUUCAUAACAGCAUGGAAAUGACCCACGGCGCGGCAUAGGCAAAUAGAUUUGUUCCUCUGAUUAUCUCGUCCUUCCUGGGAACAUUUCUAAGUCAUGUUGAUUUCAAGUAGCUCUCAACAGGCUUGCUUUUGUUGAGAUUAAAUUCACACAGCGACAGUUUAUCUGCAAAAUAUGUGUGUGUUAGCAAAACAAACCCCCCCCUUGGGAGGGAGGGGGUCUGUGAAAGGCACCAGCAGCAUGACGGGAGGAGGAGGACAAUCAAAGGCUGCUAUUUUAAUCUGGGCUGCCUCAGAGAUUAGCCCACCACAUUGUUUUAAUUGUUUUAACGGGAGGGAGUGAAACGCUCGCUUGUAGGGGAUCCUUGGCAUAAAUCUCUCAAGUUCAAUAGUUUCAAAAACUUGAGAGCCCCCCCUGCAACCCCCACAGCCCUCCCUCAUCCCACCUAAUCCUGGCUAAUACCUUUCUUUCUAUUGGCUAAUGGCGGAGGGGAGCUUGGCUAAAUGCUUCUUAAAUAGUCGAGGCUGAGAAUGUUUGCAGGCUAUCAUACUGGGAGUGCAGCUGAGCCGGACUGGGAUAUACUGGAUCUGGGACGCACUGGACUGCGACCUACUGGGAGCUAGUGAAAACUUCUCAAAAGUCAAGAUUUACACAUCAGAUGAACAUGAACUCCCAGAGUUUGUGCAGCCUUUCCGGCGGCGGCGUGUUCCCCCUGCAUGGUGCCAACACCAUGCUGCUGGAGCUCCACCAGCAGAUGGCGCAGCAGUACAGCGUCUACUCAACAGCCAGCCCCGCAGUGCGCACCCUGUCGGUGGCUGAGAGACUUGCAGAACUUAUAUUAGAGGCCCGCUACGGGAACCAGCAGAAGCAGCGCCGCAGCCGCACAGCGUUCACCGUGUCCCAGCUGCAAGCUCUGGAGAAAGCCUUCGAGCAGACCCAGUAUCCUGACAUCGGCAUGAGAGAGAGGCUGGCCGUGUGCAUCAACCUGCCUGAGGCUCGCAUUCAGGUGUGGUUCAAGAACCGAAGAGCAAAGUUUCGCAAAGGUCAAAGAUGCCCCAUCCUUUCCAAAGAGCAAAAGGAGGAGAAGCUGAGAGAAGACGGGGACGGACAAGACAUGGACACAUCACCCGCUGAAAGCGACAUCCCAUUCAAGCCCUCUCUGCCUCCCCCUCCUGUGUCAGCUAAAAGACGAGAUCUUUGCCCUCGUACGGACGCUCAUCUUGUCUCCGGGUGCCCCGUCCGACGACCCUCCCCUCCGCUUUUCCCAUUCAUCCCAGGCCAGAGUUACAGCCACCCGCCUCACCAGCCGCUGUUUGGGAUGCUGUCCGCAGAGUUUGCCGCUCCUCUGGAGUUCUGGCACCUUUACACAGCAGCGUAGCUCCUGCCUGGGGACUCCUCCUUUGGCCGUUGCUAAAAACUGCAACAUCUCUCUUCAGACUGUUUGUUCUAAUAAAGUGUAUUAAUAAUCCAAUCCAAUAAGGUGCAUUCUCACCUGGGAUUGUAACUCAGUGACAUGUGGAGGACGAACAGUGUGUGUGUGAGAGAAGAUACCGAGACAUCUGCUGCCUUGCAUUAUACAGCAUGCCUGCCUUUCAUAAGAAAUCACUUUUUUAGCAUAUGGAUGUUAAAUACAAUGUAUGUACCGUAUCUAUACUUGCACUGCUGUGUAGCUGCAACAACAAUGGUGGCUUAAGACUGUACUGUAACAAAGCACUGCGACAUAUUGUGAAAUAAAGUUGUUUGUAUGUAAAAUCU